ACACACACACACACACACAGCAGUGUCAUGCAGCAGUUGUGUGGAUCUGCAGUGUUCAUGACGUCUGUAUGCACUGUAUUUGUAACUGAAGGCAAAGCCAGUCAUUAGUCUGGACACAGUGGAUGGUUGUGAUUGGUUUUAAGGUCUCUGUCUGUGAUUGGUUGAGGGUGGUAGGUCACCAUAACUCAUUGGCUAAGCUCUUGAAGCCCUUUAAACCCGUGAAUGAAUUUCCUCAUUAGUUGUCCAACAGUGUUUUUCUGGCCAAAAGAGUCCCUCCGAGACAAAACCCUUCUCAUGGGCUCUGGCUCUUUCUCACACACCGUUCACGCUGAGCUGUUAAGUUUUUCAUAGCUUGUGUGAACUCCCAACACUUGCUUUCUCGAUGUUUCCACUGCAGCUCGAAGGUGAGUUUCACAGAGCGCUGUAAGAGCCCAGGCUCACAUGGGCUGAAUUACUCCUCGUCGUCUUCUUUUUAAGAACAUGGACACUUUGUUUUCUCUGUUGUUCAUCAUGUUGUAAUGGAACAGCAUGGACAAUCUGGACACUAAAAUCGAAACUCAACACUCCCGAGUGAAUGAAGGCCUUAUGAAUGUCAGCUGGCUCAAUGAUUUCUCCAAAGGACAUCAUUCUCAACCUGAUAACACCAGACUCCUCGCCAUCCACCUCCCCAACCAACACCAUCGAGAGGCUGGAGGGCAGUCUGGCGGCGGCGUGCGGGUCGGACGGUUCACUGCUGGGCUCGGAGGACGCCGCUCUGGACCCCCAGCGCACAUGGCAGGCCAUCGCACAGCUGCAGCAGAAGAUCCUGAAGCUCACGGAGCAGCUGCGUAUCGAGCAGGCGGCCCGAGACGAGAAUGUGGCCGAGUACCUCAAACUUGCCAGCCAAGCCAGCGACAAACAGCAGAGCUCCCGCAUCAAACAGGUGUUUGAGAAGAAGAACCAGAAGUCUGCGGCGAGCAUCGUCCAGCUGCAGCGCAAGCUGGAGCAUUACCACCGGCGUCUGCGCGAGGCGGAGCACAGCGGCGUGCAGCGGCAGCCCAAAGACGUGCUGCGAGACAUGCAGCAGGGCCUGAGGGACGUGGGGGCCCGGGUCAUCACGGGUCUCAGCGAGGGGGUGGUGGACAGCUUGCACUCAGCCGCGGGGGCCGUGGCCUCCAAACCGCGCGAGAUCGCCUCGCUCAUCCGCCACCGCUUCGGCAGUGCAGACAACAUCAGCGUGCUGAGGGACGGGCCGGAGGAGGCCGAGGACGGAGCGGGCGCCGCACACCUGCAGUCCAUCCCCAAGUUUGGCAGCGACGAGGACUGCUCCAGCGCCACCUCGGGAUCCAACAGCGUGACAGGGGCCCCAGGGGGUCCGCCCAGCUCCAGGGGGAACACGCUGGAGCGGGGACGCAGCAGCAGCCUAGACAUGCUGAUGCAGGAGCUGCAGGAGCUGCGAGACGCACAGACGCGCCUGGAGGAGACGCUGGAGAGUGUGAGGAGUGGAUAUAUGAAGGAGUGCAGGCUAGUUAUGCAAUCGCUGCAGGAGGAGAGGUUCAGGUGUGAGCGCUUAGAGGAACAAGUCAACGAUCUGACGGAGCUCCACCAGAACGAGAUCCUGAACCUGGAACAAGAGCUGGCCAGCAUGGAGGAGAAGAUCGCGUACCAGUCCAACGAGAGGACCCGAGACCUGCAGGAGGCUCUGGAAGCGUGUCAGACGCGGGUCUCUAAGAUGGAGCUGCAGCAGCAGGUGGUUCAGCUGGAGGGCCUGGAGAACGCCACGGCUCGCACACUCAUGGGCAAACUCAUCAACGUGCUGCUGGCUCUCAUGGCCGUGCUGCUGGUCUUCGUCUCCACCGUCGCCAACUGCGUGGUCCCGCUGAUGAAGACGCGCAGCCGCUCCGUGUCCUCGCUGCUGGUCUUCCUGCUGCUGGCCGUGCUCUGGAGGAACUGGGACGCUUUCUCAGGACACACUUCUCGCCUCCUGCAUGUGCCCCGAUGAGCCAUGGGACAACCUCUGCUUUCAGACCAUUUUGCACAGUGUUUCGAAUGCCUUGGGUGCAUUACUCUUGAAUGAGGUUGAUAUUAAUAUCAUUUGUACAGCAGGUGAAACACAUCACCAUUUUUCUCAGUAAAUAUAUUUCUAAAGGUGCUGUUGUCAUGAAAUUUUCACCAGAUGUCAGUAACAACACAAGUAAUCCAUACUUACAAACAAAACAAAACAAAUAAGUUCAGAAAUUAACUUCUGUGUAAUUAAGUAGAAUGAACACAUGAAGAAAAGGGAGGUGCAAAAAGUCAUGGACACCAGCAGAAAUCUGUCAGUAAUUAGAAAGCAAUCCUGCCCCUCGUCAGUGCUAAUAUUAUACAGUCCCAACACCUGUAGUACCAGGAUGAUGAAGAAGAGAAGAUUCCAGCAAGGCAAUGAUCCCAAACACAGCCUAGGAAACUCUCAUUUGGUUUCAGAGAAAGAAAAUAAAGCUGCUAGAAUGGCCAGCCAGUCACCUGACUUGAAUCCAAUAGAAAAUAAGUUCAUAGAAGAGGCCCACAGAACCUUCAAGAUUUGAAGACCUUCAAGAUUCGUGUGGAAGAAUAGGCCAAAAUCACACCUGAGCAAUGCAUGCCUCUCGUUUCUCCGCCAGGCUGUCAUUACCAACAAAGGCUUUUGUAUGAAGUAUUCAAUACAUUUCAGUGGUACAAUACUUCUUACUUGUGUCAUUCCAUUUUAUUACACAGAACUUAAUUUCUGAACUUGUUUGUAUUGUUUUCUUUAUAUGUAUGAGUUACUUGGGUUGUUACUGACAUCUGGUGAAAAUUUCAUGUCAACAGCAUCUUUAGAAAUAUAUUUACUGAGAAAAAUGGUGAUGUGUUCAAUACUUAUUUUACCCACUGUUUUUUUUAACAUGAUUAUAGUUGAAUGUAGCAUUCUGCAUUAGCUCACACACAAAUGAUGUUGUGAGUAACACUCGUAUGCUGGUGUUUCUUCUGUUGAACACAGACGGAGACAUUUCCAGCUCAUUUCAUGCAGCUCUUUGUGUGCAAUAAUAGUGACCUAAAAUGAUGACGGACAUGAACAGAAACUGUGAACUGUUAGCGCAUGAAAAAGAGCUGUACUGUAACUUCUUCUGUGUUCAGUGAAAGAACAGCAUCGAACAUGUAAUAGAUAAUGAGGGUGAGUGACAUGAAUGUUUGGAUGAAGCGUUCCUUCUGAAGGAGUCUCCUGCGUGGAACGGAGCGAUGGACACAGCAGAGAUCAUCCUUCCUCUGCUUUCGUUACUCAUAUUAUUUUCAAGAAGUCUAAGGAUGUUUACUAGCAUUGUCUGAUGUUUUAAAUGAAGUAUUAAUUUAUUGAAUAUUGCACCGCCUUACUGGACCUGUGACAGACAGCAGAGAAAGACAACAGUAUCAAAAUACAGUAUUUCUGAUGUUGUGUUGGAUAUUAUGAUGGAGAGGGGUUUUCGAUGAUCUGUAGGUUAGUUUGUCUACUGUAGUGGUGGAUUGGGACUGUUCUUAUGAAUUGAGACCGCUGUGUAUGUUUGAUCAUGAGCUCAACUCAAGCUGACCAAAUCUAUACAGUAAUGUUUAAUAGUUCUCAGUCGUUUAAUGAUCCUCAGGGGAAAGUCCUCUGCUGAAGCUGUAUUACGCUGCCUGUGUGUGUGUGUGUGUGUAAGAGAGAGAGAGAGAGAUUUUAAACCUUUCUAGUGCCUUCACAUCUCUUGAUAACUUUUGUAAUAAAGAUCAUUUCUGACUAGA